GGCUGUAACUAAAUGUAAUGGCGUGACACAGUUUAGUAAAAAUGUGAGGAAGAAACCGCGGAGACUCGAAUGUAUGCAAGUAGCAUAUAUGUGUCAUUUCCUGUCCACUAUCUAUCCCAGACCACACGUACACAGGACUUGACAAUAUAGAAGAAAGUUGUCCUUCCCAUUGACUGAAGCGAAGUGAACCGGCACGCAUUAAGCUAAAUGAUCCCGAGACGUAAUCAGCAAGCUUAUUGCCGUCGCAGUGUUGUGAAUUUCAAGGCUCGUGCAUGCUUCUACCUGUCUGAGAUUCUGAGCCAUUGUAAACAUUGAUUCAAAUGGAAUGUUAUUCAUGAGGCCAGAAGGAGUGUGUGCUUUCAGUGCUGUUUGGACAUUCGGAUCUUACUUACUCUCGCCUUUUCUCAGAAGAAAUUGCAAGAGUUGUCAACAACAGAUGAAUGACAUCUAGGAGUAGGAUCCCCACGUGUGGAUUGUGUGUGUUUCAGUGGAGGAAUUUCUUUAUCUAUCUGUUCUUGAUCUAAUGUUUAGUUCUAUAUCUAGUCCAGUGUUUACAAAGCCAGUAUCGGCGUGAGUAUGAGGCUGAUAGAGCGACCCACGAGGAUUUACCUGUGAGAAAACCCAAGCUUGAAAAUUUUGAAAAUGGCAGAGGACAGGGCCUACAUGGCGAACCCUCUUGUAGUAUGGGUGGAAACUUUUCGAGACAAUGACAGCCCUCCUCUCAAGUACAAGGAUUUAUACGAUGGAGUUUUCCUGUGUGAUGUCAUGCAACGGAUUGACCCUCGACCUGCGUACCAGAAUUUACAUAGGGUAGUGGAUGACGACGCCUCUAUUCGACAACUCAACUGGGAUCUGCUCAUCAAGAACAUCCGCGCUUACUAUCUGGAGGUACUGCAACAACUGCUUAUUCUCAAACUUCCCAACAUCCACGCCAUCUGCCGUGAUCCACAUAAAGACUCUAGCUUCGAGGAGAUCCGCAAGGUGCUGCUGCUGGUGCUGGGCUGUGCUGUCCAAUGUGAACACAAGCAGAGCUUCAUCGAGAACAUCAAGCAGCUCGAGAUAGAGGUACAGCAUGCCAUCGUCGAACACAUCAAGGAGAUCACAGAUGACAGCGAGGCUGUCCUCCCCAUCGAGCCACCAGCAGAGCUGGAAGCGUACACGGAGAAGAUGUUCGCACACCUCACCAGGCUGAUCAAGGAGAGAGAUGAUGUUUCAGAGCUGAUGACAGACCUGUCCCAGGAGCGAGACUUCUACCAGUCCCAGGCUGAGGGUGCCGCGGCUCCCAUCAUUCCAACUGUCACCCCAGAGAAACACCAUCUAGCAGUGGAACUCGCAGAGAGCAAAGCCAAACUACGUCGCACCAGACAGGAACUGGAAGAGAAACAGGAACAGUUGUCUGACAUCAAGGAUGAGCUGGAGGACACAAAGGCAUCAAUGGCCAAACUCAGGAACGAGAACCUUGAUCUGACCCAAGACGCGCGGGCAACUCGGGCUCUGAGAGACGAGCUGGAUAUCAUCAAGGAGAAGGCGAGCAAGGUGGACACAUACGAGAAGGAGAUCAGCAAGUACAAGGAGCGGCUGAAUGAGCUGGAGUUCUACAGGGCUCGCAUGGAGGAGCUGAGGGAGGAGAACAACAUCCUGGAGGAGACGAAGACAGUACUGGAGGACCAGCUAGCCAGCAGCCACAAGCGGGUCGAGACCGUACGCGAGCUCGAGAAUGAGCUGCUUAAGUUCCGCGAGCUCACCCAGGAAAUGACUGCUGAGAGAGAUGGUGACCGGGAGAAGAUCCAACAAUUGACUGAAGACAUCUUACGACUGGAAAUGGACAAGAGGAACUCGAUGAAUGAGAGCGCCAACCUCGAACAGGAGCUGCAGGAUGCCAGACACAAGCCGGGAGUUGUAAGUGGCUCCCUGUCCGACCAGCUGAGCGAGACGUCAAAUGCUCGGAUCCUACGGCUGCAGCUGGAGAACCAACAGCUGCAUGAGAAGCUUCAGGAGGCAUCUGAGAACGCGCUGAUCCAGAACACAGCCAUCAACCUGGAGAACGAGAAGGAGAUCCAGAGACUCUCGAAGAAGCUGGAGAAGCUCCAGGAAAGCAACUCCCUGGCGUCCCAGGAAUGUCUGGACAUGGAGGAGCAGAAGGACGAGCUGAGUCGGGAGAAGGAGAAGUUGAUCGUCACCCUGGAGAUGGUGAAGGAGAACAGUGAUCGGCAAGUGCGCGAACUGGAGGCCGAGAACGAGCAUCUCACACAAACCAUUGAUGUUCUCCGGGAACGCAAUGAGAAGUCGAAUGAUGCUCGUAUUAAAGAUUUGGAAAGGGAGAAUCGAAGACUUCAUGAAACUGUGUCGACUAAGAAUGCUAUGCUUUCAAAACUUGAGUUUGAAACAAAACAGUUACACAGGUCUUAUCAAAAGUUGAAGGAAAAUGUUGACACAGUGCCAGAACUGGAGAAUGAAAAUGCAAAACUGGAAAAGGAAAAUUCUGAAAUGCAUAAACAGAUUACAACACUAGAGCUAACCUGUGAUAAACUUAGUACUGUGGAACAAGAGAUUUCUGAUUUAGAUGUGGAGAACAGGAAGUUGACAAAAACUGUGGACACGUUGCAGAAUUCUCUCAGGAAGAAGGAACAGUUAGAGGAACAGAAUAUCAACUUGACAGUGGAAAAUCAGAAACUGCAGAGAAUGUUAGACUCUUUACGUGAUUCCUCAGAGAAAAAUUUCCAGUUAGAAAAUGAUAAGGAUGUGUUAAAUAGAGAAAUACAACAGCUGAAGAAAUCCCUGGAAUCUCAGAAGCAACAUAAAGCGAAACAAGAACAGAUGGAAUUUGAACUGUUAGACAUAGACAACGAAAAUCAAAGACUUCAGAAGUCUCUAGAUAUCACAACUAGGAGGAUGGAACAAUUAGAAAAUGAUAACUCCGAUCUAGAAAAUGAAAAUGAAAAGUUAGCUAAAACAUUAGAAUCAAUGAAAGUGUCAAUCAAAAGGUUAGAAGAGAAAGAGAAAGAAGCUUUGGAGACCGAAACAGAAUUGAGUGAACUGCAAAAAGAGAGGGCAACUCUGGAGAAGGAAAACAAAAAAUUAAGGCAGUCGCUAGAGUUACGUGACUCGUCCUAUGAAGAGCUGACAGCUCGGAACACAGCCAUGGAGCAGCAACACAAGUCUCUGAAGAAGUCGGUGGAGAAACUGAAGGAGACCUGUGCCCGAGUCCGGGACCUCGAGAAGGAGAACAAGGAACUCAUGCAGGAGGUGCACCUGGACAAGAAGACCAUCCCCACACUCAGGGAGGACCUGGUGAAUGAAAAGAUUAAGUCCACCACUCUGUGCAAUGAGUUGGAGACCUUGAAACAUGAGUUGGAGCGGGUUGGCAUCAACCGGGAGAAGCUGGUCAUGGCUGAACAGAUGCAGGAUGAUAGCCGCUACCAGGCGCUGGAGUCAAUGAUGGAGGACGCCUUCAAGAAGAGUCUGGAUUUGAAGGAGCAAAAAAUUCAACUCCUUGAGAGCAGGUUGGAGGAGUCAAAGAGCUGGAACCAGAGGCUGAAUGAGGAGCUGCGAGAGGCACGGCGCGAGGCUGAGAUGCUGAAACAGAGAUAUGAGGAAGAGGAGAACUUCCGGGAGAGUGACAGGAAGAACGAAUCUGUGCGGUCGGAGCAUCACCAUCAUCAUCAUGCCACACAGGACAUCCUGGAUCUCAAGGACCAUCUAGUGCAGGUGGAGAGGACGAAUGCUACACUCAUGUCAGAGAACAGUAACCUGAAAAGCCAGAACACCGUCCUGAAUGACCAGCUUCAUAAACUGGAUGAUCAGAAUCUCAACCUACAGUCCAGGACGUCCUCACUCCAGGAGCAGUUCGUCACCUUGCAGUCUCAAAAUGCCAAGCUCCAGGUUGAAACCACAACCCUCCAGUCCAAGUGUUCCUCUCUCUUCUCACACAACAACGCUCUCCAGAGUCAAAUGUCCACCCUGGAGUCAGAACACGAACUGUUGAUCCAAAACCACGAGGAUCUCCAGACAUCACACGAGUCCUUCGUUUCGGACCAUGAGGCCCUGCAGCAGCUUCAUGAACAACUGACCACGGACUACGAGUCGCUCAUCUCCGAGCAUGGGUCCCUGAAGUCCAUCCACAAGUCUCUGAAGAAUGAGCUGAAGGACCUUCAGGAGCAGCUGGACUCCUUGCUGCAGGGGAAAGAUGAUGUCAACAAGCUGCGAGACAUUCUGGAGCGGGAGAGAGAGCAGCUCAAGUCGGAACUCCGGGCUCUGGGCAAUCUUCAGAUGGACUAUGAUAAGCUACGGGACGAGCAUGAUCGAUUAAGGAGUGGGUAUGAUAAGCUGAGUCAGGAAUAUCGCGGGGUUUUGACUGAUCACAAGCAGCUGAAGAAAGACAACCACACACUGAAUCUGAAGAACACAGAGAUGACAGGCGAGGUCAGGGAAUAUAAGGACACCAUAACCAACAUGGAUAUAGAAAUGCAGAAACUGGAGAACAGGUUUGAUGCCUUGUACCAGGUGAACCAGAAGCUGGAUGAGGAGAACCGGGCAUUGCUGUACCAGGUGCAGCAGCUCCUCAAUCAGAACCAAGACCUCCUCACUCAGGCCCUCAACAGCAAGGACCAACAGCAGGAAGAGCAGAAGUCCUACAUAGAGAAGUUGGCUGAUCUGCGUCGUCAGAAAGAACGUCUUGAGGAGAAGAUCAUGGAACACUACAAGAACAGAUGGGACUCUCCCAAAAAGAACAAGGGUUUUGGUGCUAUGAUAGCCAGGAAGGCCAAGGGAAUUAUUUCUCGGAGACAACGAAGUAAAAGUCGACCAAAUUUGGCAUCGGAGAGUCCAGAGAACUCCACCAUUGGGUCUGUGUCUCAUGGGGAGUCGGGUGACCAGAUCAACGACAGUCGGAAAUCAGACAAGCGAACGAGGCGGUGUAGCGAGGGUAGUGCGCUACUGGCCACGCCCAAACUGGCAAAGCAAAAUAAAAGUCUAGCCAAAUCCACCACUGCUCUCAACUUCACGCAAUCUCCUAAGGAUAGGCCGAAACUCCGAGGUGCAAAAUCCAGUGAGGAUAUCGUGGGUGACUUGUCACACAAUGGGAGCGGGGAGAAGGACUCCAUGUCGUCUGGCAACUCCACACAGCUUCUACCAGGUUUGGGACGCCAAUACCAGGCUGCAGAUGAGGAAGCCGGCUUCAUGCCUCUGUCCCCAAAGUCUCCUGUUGCCCGGCGACCAGGCUCUCCUGGAAGCGAGAUGCUCACCCUGGAACAGUUCCUGAAUGAGGCCAACAAGCAGAGUCCUCCAAAGAAACCAGCAGACCGGAGGAGUCAGGAUGAUGCCGAGUCCCGCAGUACGGGAAGUGCUAGUUCCGACCCCACAAAUCGAGUUAUCAUGAGGAAACCCUCGUCUGUGUCCCAGCAGCAGGACAUGAGUCAUCGCUACAGCAGCCACAGCAGCCACAUACCGGAUGUGGCUGCAUCAGCCCAGCCAAACACAGAUCUGAACAUGUCUAUACUGUCCAGGAUAUCGGGGGGAAGUGCCAACAUUCCGGAAACCUCUCCACCUCCCAACAACCGGCCAGACCUUAAAACAUCUACUCCUAAAGCUAAUACUGAACUUUAUGGUCCUCGAGCCUAUUCAUAUGAAAGAUCAAAAUCUUUGGAGAGUACAAAAUGGCAAAAUAUGCAAAACUCUUCACAACGCCUCCCACCUGAAGAUGUCCGUUCACCUCCUCACACUUAUGCAACUCCUCAGAGAUUGGACGAUUAUAGGGCUCCCCAGGGAGCUGAGACAAGUCUGUUGAACUCGUCCACCAUGUCUUACCAGUACGGUCAACCCAUACCUCAAAUGUCUAGUCCAGAGCCAGUACGUUCUCCUCCUCCACCUCCAGGUGCCAGGCCAUCCCAGAGAGAGCUGCCUCCGACUCCAGUAGAAAGAGUCAAUCUGGCUCCAGCUGAGCGACUUGACCGUCUAACCAUGAUGGGCAGUGCCAGCUCAUCCACUGAUCAAGCCUCUCUACCUGGUCACUAUAGCAACAGACAAAGUCUCAUGGCUGACGGCCGUGGGUACGAUAGAGAGAGCAGCUCCGGACAUUUGAGUCGGGAACCCAGACCACAGCCUCAAGGAGGUAUUCGAGGUCAAUCACCAGCUGCGCCUAGAAAUUACAGGUCUCGUUCUCCAGGAGCAAGUAGUAAUCACUAUGCAACACCAAGCAGACCUUCCUUGCCCAGCACGUCUUCUACAAGCUCCCAGGAGAGAGGGCAGGGAGACAGACCGCCGCCUUAUGGAAGGCCAACAGGAGCGGCAGCACAGUUCCAACACAGAACACACAACCAUAUGGUUCCCAACAAUCGUCCUUCAACAAGCCGUCCUGCAAGUGUUAUGGGUCAUCCAGCAUUCCAGAUUUCAUCUCAGAGUUCCUCCAGGAAUGACCCUAUAUAUUCCACAGUAGAAAAAGUCCGAUCCAGCCGACCAACAACUCUGGAAGGUGGUUCUGGCACAAAGCCUCAUUCAACGGCACCACAGACUAAUGGCCCUUACACUCAGAAUAGCUACACUUCACGGUCGCAAACAGUAGAGAGACCAAAAUCAGUUCCACCACAUCUGUUCAAUCAGAACCUGAACAAUGACUAUCAGUCCUCAUCUCAGAGACGAGGUAAUGUUCCUCCUGUGCCUCCUCCAAGGAGGAGUAGAGAACCAGGGCCUUUAAGCCAGCCAGGAAACACCGUCAGUUUACUUCGUGAACCGGGCAGCCUGGGAUCCCGGCCCUCAACUGAUGGCUCGAAUGUUCCUGGUCCUCAACAACCGUCCAGCAAUCAGAUGGGGUUGUCAGCCACAGCAAGGCUCCUGCCGAACACUGCCCGGCAUCAGACUCCUACUGCCCGUAUACAGCCACAGACCAAAACCUCAUUCAAUAAGGCUGCACAGUCUGUCAGGCCAGUCAAACCCGAAGACCAACCACAACAGAGACCAGACCAGGGUCAGGGUCAAGGUCAAGGACAAGCUCAAGGUCAAGGACAGGGACCGAACAAGAGCUCUGUGUGGUAUGAAUAUGGUUGUGUGUAGCCUUGUGUGUGUCUUUAGGUUUUAUCGAAUACAUUCCAGUUUAUAUGAAGCAAAUGUUUGAACAUAUGUUUAUGUUGAUCUUGCAGUAAAUUAAUAACUUGACUUUCUCAGUUAAUGUCUGUAAAUAAAUCAUAUGCUAUAAGACUGAAACCAGUACUGAAAGAACUAUUCUAGUUACCAAUGCAAUAUCAGGGAGUUGUAAUAAGAAUGCUGUGAUAUGUUUGGCUCCAGAUACCAAAUGCUACAUGUAUAUUAAUUAUUUUAGUACUCGGACAUUCCAGCAUUUAGUGCUCUGUAGAUUUAAGCGUGACCUGACAUGUGUACCAUGCAAGUAUCCAAUUUUUUCAUGAUCGUAUUAGAUGGAAAAACAUUUUACAUGAAAAAGAUGCAUUUUUAACCCUAAAGCAUUGAUGGAUUUUCCCAAUUGCUUCUAUAAUGACCUUGGUUGUCAUCUUGCUUGAUUCAAUCCCACACCUGGCUUUGUUAUAUGUUAAUGCUUUGCAUCUACUAAGUUAUGUCUCAAUGCAAUGGAAAGCUAUGUAAAUCUAAUCAUGACCAUUGUCCAGCUUCGCCUUACAAGAAGCAAUGAUUUUACAGGAUAUUCAAUAAAUUCUCCAAAUUACCCCCAAUGAUGUGUCCAGUCAUACCUAUAGUCACUUAGCAUCUUGCUAGUUUGGCCUCCUUCUAUUCUCAGCGUCCAUCAUUGCUGCUUACUAAUGGGUGCUGGUGUUUUUCUCUCUCCAACAGGCAUCGCAGAUGACUUGAUUUACUGACUGCAUGCUGGGUCUCUGCCCAGGUGCCUCGUCUGGGUGGUCACCAGUUGUCUCCCUUGGAAUGGGUUGUUCAGCAUGUUGGAGUAUCUGUUCUUGUUUUCCCACAGUCGAAGCUUUGUUUACUUUGGUUGUAUUUUUGUUGAUUUAUUUCCCUGUUACACUGUUGAAUUGUUUGUGUUGUGCUCCAUAACCCUUCAUUGUACGUCGGUGUUGUGACUGGUGGCGACUCACACAACACUCAUGUCAAUCCUGCACAGCCAUCUUGAAGUAUGUCUGUGUCGGGUAGGCUGCAGUGGCUUUACAGAUAACCUGGGCGAGUGUUGUGGCAGUGAAUGGUAGUUGACUCAUGCAUGCUUUGGUACUGUGUAAUCUUGUUUCCUGAUAGCUGAAUUUUUGUCCUGUUGCCUGGUAACAUCCUGGUACUCUUGCUGUGCUGCUCUCCUGUUGCCUAACAGUAACUUUCAGAUCCAGAAGAACUGUCAAACAUUUAACCUCAUAUCAUAACCAACAACCUAAUAUUUUAGCCCAAACCUGAUUUGAGUGUCUGGUCCAGGCUUGAUUAUGUACUUAUUAUAUAGCUUGAUUAUUGCUGUUAGACGACAAACCGAACCUGAUUCUGGUUCAUCCAAGCCUCUUUUGCCAAUAGUAAAGGAGUGGGUAACAAGGAUUGACAGCUUUGUUCAGGAACUCUAGGAAUUGGUAACUCUAACAAGAUACUGACCUCUAUUCUCAAGCAGGAGCAGCAGUCUGUCAGACGAGGUUUUAGGCCUCUUGUCAUCCACAUAACCCAGAAAAGAUACAAAUAUGCAGAAAAAUCAAAUUUGAGAAAGAUUUGUUUUACAGUGCUUCUUCUCAUUCUUUAUAUUUGUGGUUCAUCAGCUGCAUGUAACGGAUCUAAAAACAUAGCUACAUGUAACGGAUCUAAAAACAUAGCUGCAUGUAACGGAUCUAACAACAUAGCUGCAUGUAACUGUUCGGAAAACAUAGCUGCAUGUAACAGAUCGAAGAGUAAUCUGUAUUAAACCGAUCUACGAAAAAAGCUGCAUGUAACGGAUAUAAGUACAUAAACAGAUCUAAAAACAUAGCUGCAUGUACUGGAUCUAAGAGUAAAUUGUAUGUAACGAAUCUAAGAACAUAGCUGCAUGUAAUGGAUCCAUGAAACAUAACUAAUGGAUCUAAGUAAUAUGCAUGUUACAGAUCUAAGAACAUAGCUGCAUGUAAUGGAUCCAUGAAAUAUAACUAAUGGAUCUAAGUAAUAUGCAUGUUACGGAUCUAAGAACAAAGCUGCAUGUAAUUGAUUUAAGUGUAAUCUGUAUGUAACAGAUCUAAGUACAUAAACAGAUCUAAGAACACAGCUGCAUGUAAUAGAUCUAAGAAAGAGCUGCAUGUAAUGGAUCUGGAACGUAACUGCAUGUAACGGAUCUAAGGACAUCUGUUGGUGCAAUAUUUGAGUCAGGUCAUCCUCAAUGUAUUAAUAGACUGGCCAGGUUGUGUCCCCGUUCCUCAGUUGCUUUGUGUUGUCAGUCUGGUUUAUUUAUUGUAGUUCCGUGGUUGUGAAGUGUCUAUCUGCAUGACUGCAUAUCCUACCCUGUUUGAAGGAAUGAAUUGUUAGGUCUCUGUAUCCCAUUAUAUCAGUAAUGUUUAGAUAGAUGUGAUUGGGGUGUAACGAUUCACUAAAGAUGUCAAGUUAAGAGAUCAUGUAUUGAUACACACAUAUAUUUAGAUGACAUGUUAACUGGUAUGGCAAUAAAUUUUAAAACCUUUUUCUGUUUUUAUAUACAAGCAUUCACAAGCCACUGCUAUUUUUAUUGAUGUAAAUUAAAAAAGGAUGUUUUGGUCAGGGCUUUUCAUUGUCAUUGAUGAAUAUAGUGUCAAGAUUCCGUGUGUGGUAUUAUGUAUUGUAUCUGACCUCACCAGCAAGAUACCAAUAGUAUCUCAACAAAGUGGAUCGUUACAACCCUACUUAGGAAUAUUAUUGAAAGCAAUAUACAUUUUUAUUCAAAAUAUGGCAUGAAUACUUAAAGUUCUAUGUUCAAGCAUUUGUGAUGGAUCGUGUGUAUUCCGACUGUAAAAUACUUACUCGGCUGUCGGUUCCUCACUGAAGGAAGACAUGGUUUUAGCAAUUCUGUGUAUCCGUCCAAACUUCGUUACCAUCAUGUAUAUUCUCCAUCAUCAUCUAUUGUUCCAUCACCCCUGGCAACCAUUCAAUUCUCUGUUCACCUUGGGGAGAAGCGGCCAUUGUAUCAAAACAGUUUACAGAGAACUAACGUGUGUGUAGAAACUGGAUGGCUUUCAUAAAUUAACUGCAAAUUCUUCCUUCAGCAAUAACCAUUGUUCCCUGCAAUACACCUCAUGUUUUGAAAUAUGUUUGGACUAGUUCUCUGAAAAUGAGGGUUCUACUAAUUUGGGAGUUGGGGUAACAGGUUUGUGUGUGCCUUAAUAACUGUUGUGAAAAUGUGUAUGUGUACUGGGGUUUUCGGUUUGUAAUCCUGAAGUAACCACAUUGGUGAGUACCUGAGGACUGUUCCUAUCUGUAGUGUCUGGUCUGUGUCAGGAGUCCGGUACUGGCCCAAACCUACAGCAAUAUGUUACGUCAGUACUUAGGACAAGGACAGUGAUAGGGUACCAACGUAGAUCAAUAUAUGUAGAUCAUCAAACCUAAAGACCAUAUGGACACACACUCUUAGGAUGCCUACAGAUCUGGUAGAUCUUGUGUGGUGUUGACCUACAGACCUUGUAAACUAACAGACCAUGGACACCCACAAGCCUACAGCAAUGUAACCUACAAGCAUAUAGACCUAGUAGGGACUUAUAAACAUACAGACCAUGUAGACUUACAUCUUGUAGAAUAUUAAUUCUACUGAUCAUUUAGGCCUACAGACAUGAAAACCAACAAAGCGUAUAGACCUAAUGGCUUCUAAACAUACAGACCAUGUCAACUUGUAAUGCAAAACUCCAGUACACAUAAUAAGGGAAUCUUGACAAAAACAAACAGGAAUUUCAUAGAAGAAAUGGUUGUCAUGGUUACAUUGUAUUAUAUCAUUCCUUUUAGAGAUAAAUCACUUUUACCUACCAUCCAGGUAGAUUUGUCAUUAUGUAGAUAGAGUUGUAGAAAUUAAACCAUUACGCAUUUAUUUUGGGAUCAAGUGCCUCAAAUCUUGUGAUAUAAUUUUUAAACAUAUCAUCGACGAACUCUAAGGUCCCAACAUGUAAAUAUUCUUGUAUACUAAAAAUAUUUUCAUGUUCUUUGUAAGAUCAUAUGGAACAUGUUCACCCAUUUGUGUAGAUCUAAUGAACUGAAGCAGGUUUGUGUUCCAGCUACUUGUUAAUAUUUAUGACCAGGUUGUGUAAGAUUUGUAUAAUUAAAUGAAGUCCACAGAG